UGGGCCCGCGGUGUCCAUCAGUUCCAGGCAGAGAGACAAGAUCUAGUGAUGGAGCGAAAGCUUUCACUCCGUUAAACUGUAAAUUAACUGAAAACAUAAAUAACAGGGAAAGUGCAGGGCAGGAACAGUGUAAUGAGGCCGAGCACUUGGUACUGCAGCGAUUGACAGGGGUUGUCAAAGCUCCUAGCAUCACCGAUCCCGUUGCAACCUUCAAACAGAACAAGGCGGUGUAUUUGAAAAGCGAAGUGUUUUUCCUUCUGACGGUCGUGCCCAGUUUUUAAUCAUCCCGGAGUGGAUUUUCCUUUUCGUGUUCAAGUUUUCAUCAGAAAACGCCGGAGGAGUGGAUUUUGGGGAGUUCGACUGCGAAGUGUCAGGUGAUGACAAAGGAACCGUUUUGUACUCAGAUUUGAAACAUCAGAGACAAUAUUGUUUGACAAACAGUGAGAAAUGGGGAGAAAGAAGAUACAGAUUUCCCGGAUUGUUGACCAGCGGAAUCGACAGGUGACCUUCACUAAGAGGAAGUUUGGCCUGAUGAAGAAAGCGUAUGAACUGAGUGUACUAUGUGACUGUGAGAUUGCGCUCAUUAUCUUCAACAGCACCAACCGACUCUUCCAGUACGCCAGCACUGACAUGGACCGCGUGCUACUCAAGUACACGGAAUACAGUGAGCCACACGAAAGCCGCACAAACUCUGACAUCCUUGAGACGCUGAGAAAAAAGGGUUUAAAUGGAUGUGAGAGCCCAGACCUGGAGAUUGAUGAUUCCGUUGAACCAAGCCUGGAGGUAACUGACAAAUACAGAAAAUAUGAAGCAGUGAAUCACAUGAACAACAGACAAAGGGUUUGUGCAGGCACUCUGUCUAACCAUGAAGUGUCCAUUCUGGCUGCAACACAGGGUGCCACCAAUUUGGCCUACAGCAACCCAACUGGCUCCAUCCUAAAUCGAGGACCAUUGCCACAACCAAUCAUAUCUCGAAGUGCUCAUUCAUCAGGGUUGACAUCACAAGUGUCUACAAUUUCACAUUCAGGUGCUGGUUACUUGAAUACCCACAUCUCACCAGGGAUGCUGGUCACCCCUGGUAACCUUAACAGAACUGUGGCAACAAGGUCCCCGACCCCUGUGAACCUUGGGCCUGAGAACCGCAGAAGUGAAAUGCACACAGUCUCAACUGGCUCCAGGAACAUGGUCGCUUCACUGAGAACGAAUACAUCAGCUCUACAGCCCACCUCACCGAUGGUUACCAUGGCAACUCCCAAUCUGCCAGGCCAUGGAUUGGGGAGUUACUCUUCUGCACUGACUGGUUACACACUUAACGACAACGCCUCUGUCUCUGCGUACAACUCACCAGGUGGUACCCAUCAGGAGCAGACUGCUAUUUGGCCACUGCGGCAGCACCACCAGCCGCACCAGGCUGAUCUUCAGUCUUCAGCACACUCCCAUCUGGGGGUUAUUGGUAACUCCCACCUGAGCCAAAGCUCCAACCUGGCCUUGCCUACCUUUCAAGCAGUGAGCGUCAAAUCGGAACGCGCCUCCCCCCACAGCGAUGCCGGAGGUGGAGGGGGUGGGGGUGGUGCCAGCGGAAUGUUCCAGCACCACGAGGGACGCUUGGGGCUCAGUGGGCUGGACAGCCCCUGUGAAGAGCCCAAGGAUUACGCCAAGGGUUACCAGUGCCCCAUUGUGUUGACCAGGCCCCUGGCCAGAGACGAGGACAGCCUCGGGGCCAAGCGGAUGCGCCUUGUGGACGGCUGGCAGAGAUGACUCCCUGUGGUUAAGCCAUUUCAAUGAGAAACUGGUGGAGGAAGCUCCUGGAUCUCGCUUUUGUAUUUUUUUUUGCAGUUAUUCCUGCGCUCUUUAUCACAGGGGCCAGGAAUUAGUUCACGUUGAAUCUGUAACCCUUUGAGAACCACUUGUCUGAGGGCGGGGGGGUGCAGAGGAACAGGACAAGAGGUUUGUUCCUCCCCUCCCCCGCCCCUGCUUCUCUGCCCAGAAUCCAGGCUGGUUUGAGGCCUUCACUCAGGCUUCUGUCAUUGUGUUUCUGUCUACAGGUUGUUUUGUUUUAAAUUCCUUCUCCUGCCCUUCCUCCUUCAGUUCUGCAGAAACCCUGGGUAGAUGCGUGCUCUGUGCCUUCCUCCUGUUUGUGUGGUGAUUUCUAUUUGACCCAUGAAUGGUCCUGAGCUCAGUUCCUGCCUGAAGGAGGAAGGGAGACCCAGACAGGACAGGAUAGGGCAAGCACUGAGUGUGCGUGGUUGGCCUGGAUGCUGGGGGCCCUGUUAAUGUGCAGCCGAAGUGGCCAGCUCUCACCUGUAUAAUGGCAGGCUGUUUGGCUCUAAGUGGCAUCACAGUCAUGCACACUCCUCUUUUUUCCUGCUGUGAUGGGAUAUGGGUGUCGCAGGCUGGGCCAGCAUUUAUUGCCCAUCCCUAGCUACCCUUGAGAAGGUGGUGAGGAGCUGCCUCCUUGAACCGCUACAGCCCAUGUGCUGUAGGUUGACCCGCAAUGCCUUUUAGGGAGGGAAUUCCAGGAUUUUGACCCAGGGAGACUGAAAGAAUGUUGAUAUAUUUCCACAUCAGGAUGGUGAGUAGUUCAGAGUGAAACUUGAAUGUGGUAUUAUAUCUGCUGCCCUUAUCCUGUUGGGUGGUAAAAGGUAGUGGGGUUUGGAAUGCUGGUCAAUGAGUUGUUUCUGCACUUUCACUGACCUCUAUCCACACACGUAGAGUGGAUAGUGAACAAUAAUGUGGAACAAGGACAUAGGCUCAGCUUCCAUUCUUUGCCCUGUAAGGUUGUGAGGUGGAAUGUAGUAUCCCAGCUAUAACAGUAUGUGGAUUAUUGUGUUCAGAAAUCAUGGAUGGAAAGGAUACAUUUUUAUCACCAAACAAUGGGUGUGGGCUGUAAGUCACCCACAGCCCUGCAAAGAUCAGGAAGUUAUUUUUGCUUGCCUCACCUUCGCUUGUUUUGUACCAAGGGAAAGCAUUAACCUGGGCAAGACUGACGGUGCUAUGGUGUCUGGCUGUUCAGAGAGGAGUUGAGGGUUGACAAGGAAAUGCAACUGAAAGUAGAUGCCAUUGAAUGGAUGUUGUCAAUCCCUAACAAAUCAUUGUCAAUCCUUCACCCAGCAGAUAUGUCUCAUAUUGACAAGGGAAGGUAGAGAUUAAUUGAAUCAAGUUACCGGGUGGGAAUCCUUACGGAUUUGGCGCUUUGUACCUGUUUUGAUAUUGUUCCUCACUGUCUUCGGAGAGUCAAAUUGGGUAGGAUGUGAAAACACUGUUACAGUUGAUCCUGUCAGGCCAUGUGGAUUAAAAUGGCCGUUGGUUAGAUAUAAAUAUGGUGUGUUUUGUCAUUUGUUACAUUUUUAGGGGUUGGCUUGCUCAGUUGGCUAAACUGCUGGUUAGUGAUGCCAACAGCAUCAGUUCAGUUCCUGCAGCAGCUGAGAUCAUCACGAAGGACUCUCCUUCUUGACCUCUUCCCCUCGGCUGAGGUGUGGUGACUUCAGGUUGAAUGACCACCCAUCAUCUCUGUCUAAUGAAAGAGCAAUUCUAUGGUCUGGUAGGACUGUGGCAACUUUAUUAAUCACAGAUUGAAAAUGGACUUCUGUAAGCCCCGGGUAUCUUAAAAUAGAAUGCAAUGACCCAGCUCCAAGUUUUCCAGCUUUUCCCGAAUUGCAGUGGGAAUGUAUCACAGGUUCUCCGUGUUCCUGAAUAUCUGGGUCUUGAAGGGUUAAAAUGCCCCUGGUUUCAAAUGGGAGACCGUUCCUUUGUUAAAUAUUGUUCUGUUUUAUAUUUUAAAAGUGAAGUUUUUUCGCAGUGCGAAUAGAUUUGUGUCACUUUUUUCUCUGUUGUGUGAGACCUGUUUAAAGGUGGGGAUUUGGGGUUAAGGGGAAAGUAUGUGGCAAACCCUAACCCUCUGUGCAUUCAGAGAGUGCGUGCUUGUGUUACUGUUUUGUCACCAGAAUGCAUUUGUCCAAGUGACACAAUGCUUUCUUUAACAUAUUUGUGCUCUGUAAACACAAGGCAGCUUAUCAGACGUAUUUAAGAACAAUUCCCUUCAUUCCCCUUUCUCUACUUUUACGUCCCUUGUCCCUCCACUCCCUUCUUUUGCACUCUCCUUUCUCCCCUUCAUCUCUCACUUUCCUUCCUUUCUCUCUCUGUCUCCUGUUCCUACCUUUUCCCUCUCUUCCCUUUUUCUCCCCGCAACUCCCCUCUGCACCCCAAUAAUUAAGAGACAGUUCCUUGUCAAGAGCCCAGCGCCAGUGAGAAAGUAAUGAUUCAGUGCGGCUUACCCUUAGAAAUUCUCAUCGGUCGAUAUAAGCAUCAAAUAUGUAUUUGUUAGAGGGAAAGUCAGUAUGUUACCAAUGACUUGGUAUCUUUUAAUUGAAGGGUUUCAGUUAAUUUUUCCAGAAUAUAAGAAAACUUUAGUGGUCAGACCAUGAUCCCUUGCCACUGUACCAAACCCAUCUUAAAGCUAACUUCAGGACAGCAUUGAACAUAGAUGAAAGUCUUUUGAUCUCAGAAAAAUAGGAUGUUUGUAACUUCACUGAAUUGUCUAGCUCUGAAUUGGAGAUGAUAUUGGUCAAGGGAAACCAUAUAUUGAAAUAAACUGAACAAAAAAUUGGCCAUUAUUGCUGAAAGUUACAGGACUCUGAGAGACGUCAGUACUUAUCGUUUUAUUUAUAAUGGGAGUUACUUGAGGUGUGCUGCGAACUCUGUGCAUUGAAUUUCAGUCUUACUUUUUAUAUUUGAAGCCUGUCAAAAAGAGCACACUUCUUUUAUUUAUCUGCAAUGUCCUUUAUCUGCAUUUGGUGUCAUCUCCGUCCCUUGAUGUUGUUCGUGCUGUCAUUCCCUGAUAAAAUUGAUCCAUUGGGAAGCUCUCCUAGAACCUUCCCCCAUCUUUGGACAAUGUGCAAGAGCAACUUUAUGGCCAAAUUCAAUCUCUGUUUGAUUUCCAAACUCUUUGUUGCUCCCUCCAGCGCUGCUUUUCCAAUCAAUGAUCCUUUAACUUUCCUCUCUUUUUCCUCCUCAGCUCCAAAUCUCCUGCCAUACCCAGUCUUCCCCUUCCCUGAAUCUUCACUGACGAGACAAAGACUCAUCAUAAAGUCACAGAAUCAAAUCCUUCCAAACAGUAAAGCCUUACAUAUCUCCCAGUCUCCCUCUCAUCUGUCCAUAGACUCGCAAGCUUGCUGUCAUCCAACCAUUGUUCUUGGUUUGCUUCAUCUUGACUGAUGUGCUACUCAUUAAUAAACUGAACCAGGUAUUCAUGAGAAUCUUCUUUACCCCAGACAGUGGCAAGAAUGUGGAACUUGCUCUCACAAAUAGAGAUGAAUAGCAUUAGGUGGUUGCUUAAUUAAACAUGAGCGAGAAAGGAACAGGGAUGUGGAUUGGGUUAAAUGAAGAGAGGGUUGGUGCAGAUCAUCAACACCAGAAUGGACUGGUUGGUCUAAAUGGCCAGUUUCAGUACCGUGAAUGCUUCUGAAUUUUAUUGGUGCCCUACCAUUGAGAAUCUUCACCCUGGAUUCCCAAUUUUCAAAAUUAAACAUUGUGAAAACCAUAAAUCGAUUGUAAUGAAAGAAAUCCUCAGACUUGGUUCCUGUAAUUGAGGGCUGACUUGCCUGAAGGGAGAAACUGUAGAUUUUUGAUCCUGAUGAUUAGUCCACAGGGGAAGAGUGCAAUAAGACGCAGGUUGUAAUACAGCAUUGGGUGCGAUGGAUCCUCAAGUGUGACAGAGAUUAAUUGUAAUAAGGCUUUGGUUGCAAGGGGAAGUGGAGCAGUUGGUGCAGUGAGGCAAUGAUGGAUUGUGAUGGGACAUGAGCCCAAUGCCAUUCCAAGGACACUGACUGUAGAGGAGCUUCAGUAUGGUAGGAAGGGUUAUGUCCUACAGAAGUUGUUACAGGUGAUUUCCCAGUCAGUCGAUAAGCAUUUUCCCUGCAAUGAAGUACACAUGUUGCCUGUGUCACUGAUUGGAACAUAUUGUUAGGCUAUGAGAGAUGUCAAAGUAAACGGGUCGAGUCAGAUAUAUACCUGGAGAUUUAAUCAUACGGUCUUUCAGCGCCAAACAUCCCACCCAGUUCUGAGGAAGGGUCACCAGACCUGAAAUGUUAACUCUGUUUUCUCCUCCACAGAUGCCACUAGACCUGCUGAGCUUUUCCAGCAACUUUGUUUUUGUCCCACCCAGUCACAUAGUCUUAUUUUUCAACUCCAUUUUUUUAAUUACUAAUGAACAAGCAUUUUUAAAAAGUGUGUGUUUUUAUAUUACUGUAUUUAUUUUAGUUCCUGCUGUAAUUAAGCUUCCAGGUUUUGCUUGCAGCAGUGUCCAGGAGAUUGUCCUCUUAUUCCUGGUGAUUCCAGGCCAGUUCUGGACAGUUGGCAUCAGCUGAUACAUCAUGACACAUGCAGCUCUGCAAUUGUUGACGACAGUCACCCUGCACCAGCCUUUAAUGGACUGAAGGGUUAGGACACAUGCCAGCACAAUACAGAACCAUCCCAGGGACUGUUUGAUUGGUUUGGUUGAACGUGAGACAGGUCAAUAUCCUCACAACAAGGAGUUGUCUUUAAUUUCUAGAAUAAAGCCCAACUAAUUAGGUCUUGUUUUUAAAGCUACAAUGAGUAGCUGUCACUCCUACUGGUCUAAACUUGCCACCUUUUGGGGCGAAGUGGGUCAUUAUGUAAUAUCAUUUUACAAGGUCCUUUCAGAUGUUACAAGCAUUGAUCCAUUUUAUCACACAGACAUCCAUUCUUCUCUCUCCCUCUUCCCCCCCCCUUUGUCCCUCUCUCUCUCUCUCUCUCUUUGUUUUACAAUGCCUGGUGACUUGGUGUGGCAAACACUUCCUAGUAACUCGAGCUACAAGCUUGAUGGGGGAGCAGGGGGCACAAGGAGGGAGUAGUGCUACAGGCUGGUGAGGAGAGUGUCAGGCACAAGAGAGAAUGUGUGACGGUUCUGGGGGACAGGAUGAUGGACCUUGAAGAGAGGUUGCCCCCUCGGUGCUUAAUGUGUGAUGGGCUGUGGGAGAACAGAGCAAAAGAUGUUGCGUUAAAAAUUGGGGACCAUGCAACGUUUGAAAUGUACACAACGUGGGAGAGUGAGGUGUAUCUAUGCUGGAAAUGAGAGGAUCGGAUAAUCGUGAAUGUAAUUCCGAGAUGAUAUCCAGUGCUCAGGGAGGGUUAAUGGACUGGGGUCCUUUUUUUUUCAGUUUACUAACAACCAUUAACUUAAAAAGAAAGAAAAUUGAUGCAGAGGAGUCUGUACUACUCAUCCUUCACUCCGCCAAUAAUUUGAAUGAAGCUACGGUCUCUCAGGGGUUCUCUCCACGCUCAGUGAAGUUGGGUUAUACUGCCUGUCCAAAGUUGUGUUUUUUGCUGAUGUGCCAUUUAAGAAUGUUCCAGAUCUUUCCAGAAGUCUCUGCAUAAUUGACUUUAGAGAUUUCACUUGAAUAUUGCAGUGUCAUCUUUCUUUUCCAACCCUUGACCCACACCACGGGCUUGUACAUAAAGAAGGAGGUGAAAUUCUCCAGGGAAAA